GUCAAGCAAAAUGGCUUCUUGGCUCUUUGGAAGCUGUUUACUCCCCAUUGCACUGUUAGGCUGGAAUGUGCAUUGCUUUCCUGUUGAAGACUGGAGGCAACAUGAUCCCAAUAAGGUUGGGUUCUUGAACACACAGGCACAUCCUCACCCCCAUUAUGGCUCAUUCCCAGGUGCUCCUCCUGUACUUACUGAUCCAAAUGAUCCUGCUGUCUCAUUCAUGUAUGAUCCAGUAAGGCUGAGAGCUUCUAGACAUAAAACCUAUCCAGCAAGAUUCAGGUCAACUCCAGGUGUGCUCAGUGCACAUUCUAGUUUUGGUCCCGUGACAGGCUCUACAGCUACCUUGGUGUCUGGAACAUCUCAGCUCAGGCCUAUUUUUGGCUUUCCUCCAGCUCAGCUUGAAGCAGACCAACUUGGUCAUGAUGAGAAAAAUUUUGAGCAUGGGAACUCAGAAAGGGGAACCCAUGGGGUAGGCUUUAGACUACCUCUAUAUGCAGAACCUUUCUUCCAACCUGGUGAAUUGAGGAAGUAUGCAGCCUUCUAUGAACAUGGGAGUUCAGAGAGGGAAACAGAAGAUGAGUUUCCACCAGUGCCAUAUGCCUAUCCCUUUGCCUUACCUGGGACAGUUUCACAGUACAACAGACCCGCUCUACCAUUUGACUGGUUAUUGUACAAUGUUGCACAUCCGCACAGACGACAUUAGCAUGAAGUCCAAUCACUCCCAGUGGACUCCUCCCAGUGAUCACAAGACUUUACCAAAGCUUAACACUACUCUAGAUUUUUCAAAGAACUUGAAGUGGUCUAGGAUUAAUAUAGCUUUAAUUCCCACAACUAAUUGUAUAUUUCAUGUUUGGUGUGAAAUAAAAUAAUGCAUGAACACUUAACUGUUAGAGAUCACAAGAAAGC